AGUGAUCAGAAUGCUAUGUAAUGCUGUUUAAACGUGGCCCUUGAGCGUUUAUAACUUGCAGUUAAACUCUGAUCUGGAGCAGAAUGAGUUAAACGGCUCAUCUGCGCGCACUGAGCCGAGCGCCGCUCCUCUCCGGCAGCAUCCUGAUCGCCGGCACGGUAAUCAUGUCCGGUAAUGGAACCGAGGAACCGCUUGACGACAGCACGGAGAUGGAGCAAAAAAGCUUGGAGAGCGGUACAAUGAAGACUGACUUGGAGGCUGGGAAUUGCAGCACUGCAAUCCACUGUCGAGAUGUGUGUCGUUCAUAUGGGAAACUUAAAGUCCUCAACAAUCUCAACCUGACAGUGCCUCAGGGCCAAAUUUAUGGGCUGCUAGGGCCAAGUGGCUGUGGGAAGACUACGUUGUUGAAAUGCAUUGUGGGAACUCUAAAGAUCUCACAUGGUCAUAUCACAGUGCUGGGGAAACCACCUGCUUUCCCAGGACAUGAAGUGCCAGGAAGGAUGGUGGGAUACAUGCCACAGGAUAUAGCUCUGUACAAUGAGUUCACUAUCAGUAACACACUAUGGUUUUACGGUCGAAUUCAUGGCCUUUCAUCUAAAGAAACAGAAGCCAGGAUGAAUUUCCUCAUUGACUUCCUAGACCUGCCACAGAAAAACAGCCUCGUGAGAAAUCUCAGUGGAGGCCAGCGGCGGCGUGUCUCACUUGGAGCUGCUCUGCUUCAGAACCCACAGCUUCUGAUCCUGGAUGAGCCCACUGUAGGAGUGGACCCUGUUUUACGGGCCAAGAUAUGGCAGCAUCUGGUAGACAUUGUAAGAGGAGGACAGGUUUCUGUCAUUAUUACAACGCAUUACAUUGAGGAAGCCAGACAAGCCAAUACGGUGGGUUUGAUGAGGAAUGGUCGAUUAUUAGCUGAAGGUCCCCCGGAUGCUGUUAUGAAGCAACACAAUGCAGCAACAUUAGAGAGUGCGUUCUUGCAACUUUGUGAGGACUCUGAUCAGAUGGGCUCCAAACAGAGUCCUCAGGGCCGUCCACUGGACAGCAGCCCAUCUCCAGACAGUAUGAGAGAUGAGAGCAGAGAGCCCAUACUGAGAAAGAGCGCACCAGAGGACAUACCCAAAUAUAAAGCUGACUGGAAAGUGCGAGCUAGACACAUCAUACCAAAAUGGCGUAACAUUGCAGCGCUGAUGAUCAAGACGAUUGUUCGAAUGAGGAGAAUGCCAGGGUCCAUUUGUUUCCAGUUCUUGUUGCCUGUAAUUCAGAUCUGUCUGAUGUGCUUGUGUAUUGGUGGAGACCCCAAAGGCAUUGAUGUGGCAGUGGUAAAUAAUGAAACCAGUCCCAGUGCCUAUAGUAGAUCACUACUGUCCUUCCUUGACAACACAAGUGUAUACAAGGUGAGCUUGUCUCAUUCUGAAGCUUUUGCUGGUAUCUAUAAUGGGGAAUACUGGGGUGUCAUAGAGUUUGGGGAGAAUUUCACCAGCUAUCUAACCAAAAGGAUGCUGCAGCCCAGAGUCUCCAGAGAUGUGGUUGAAGGAGGAUCAGUACAUGUUUGGCUGGAUCUGACCAACCGACAAAUUGCCCUGAUGCUGCAGAAAAAACUUCAUGAGGCCUUUGAGGCUUUUAUCGAGACAAAGCUGGGGAGUUUGUCAUACAUGGUGGCCGUCCCUAUAAAAUUUGAAGAACCUAUAUAUGGCAAUAAGAACACAGAUUUCACAACUUUUGUGACACCAGGAGCUGUUUUGAGCAUCACAUUUUACCUGGCAGUGGGGUUGACCGCUCUGUCCUUUGUGUUAGAGAGAAAGGAGGGGCUGCUGGACAGGUGCUGGGUGGCAGGUGUAAGUUCUCUGGAGACCAUGCUGGCACACCUCUUCUCACAGCUGUUUGUUAUCAGUGUUCAGAUCAUCCUUCUGCUGAUCUUCAUCCUGCUGGUCUUCAAAAUUCCUAAUGAAGGAUCUCUGGCUUUGGUGAUCUCACUGAUUGUGCUGCAGGGAGUGACGGGAAUCUCCUUUGGACUGGUCAUUUCCUCUGCUAUCGAUGACGAACAGUCGGCCAAUCAGGCAGCUCUUGGAAUCUUCUACCCCAACCUCAUCAUUAGCGGUGUUAUUUGGCCGGUUGAGUGUAUCCCGUAUCCUCUGCGUUAUUUGAGUCUAGUCCUGCCCCAGACCUACGCAUCUGAAGCCCUGCGCUGCAUCAUGUACAGAGGUUGGGGUCUGUCCUGUAUGAUGGUCUGGCGAGGUUUUGCAGUCACUCUGGGCUGGAACACAUUCUUCCUUAUGCUGGCAACGGUCAUUCUCAAGCUGAGAAUGUGAGAGGCUCUGCCAAGGAAAGGUGCUUCAGAUUGGGUACAGUGUUGUUCGGCGAGGCCAAAAGAUGAUUGACAUAUGGAUUUGCCAAUCUGAGCCUCUCUCUCCUUUAAUAUGCCAUUCACCCAAAACUGGCCUCCCAAGGACCAUCAGCGUGAAACUCAGGGCAUCCCUCCACCAGCUAAGAGACCUAUUCAACAAACAGUUUACUGAUAAUGUGACACAUAACACUCAUCAUGAGUUUCACAUGGGCAUCAAUUAUUUAAAAAAUCCAUCAAAGAAGAAGAAAGCACGUGUUGAAGCCAACUGUUGGAACUUUCCAUACCCU